GGGAGGGGGAUAAAAGUGCCAGAGAGAGAGAGACAGGGUAGGGUGGAGCAGCCUGCCUCCCUAACUCUGCCAGCACCGACAGGCAGUGUUGCUGUCUCUACUGGGGUCUGAUCCAGGCGGGUCUCUUCUUCCUCCGUCAGUUUCUUCUUCCUCCUUCAGCACAACACAUGGGAUCCGUGAGCCCCAAGCCAGGGGUCUGAGCAGAGGGCUUCUCCAGCCUAGCCUGACAUGAGGGGAAGGAGAUGCGCUCAGCCGGGCUGCCGUCAGUGGGCUUUAUGGAGCUCCAGCUGAAGGGGGGUGGUCCCCUGGUGGUCCCGGCGAAAACCAUCUACAGCACCGUCCAGCAGCAGGACUACUCUGCAGGCGUAUGGCUCCGCAGGAAAGAGAAAAAACUGGAGCAUUCUCAGCAGAAAUGCAUCGUAAUCUUUGCUUUGGUGUGCUGUUUCGCUGUCCUGGUGGCCUUGAUCUUCUCGGCGGUGGAUGUCUGGGGAGAGGAUGAAGACGGUAUAACAGAAGAGAACUGUAACAAGAACUGCAGGGUAGUGCUUGUGGAGAAUAUUCCAGAAGAUGUCACCUUCUCUGAGAAUGGUACGGCCCACCUCAACCUCUCUGCUGGGCUUCACAGCCUACUGGACCUGGCCGUGGCUGGUCGUUCUGUGGAGAUUGUGUCACCACAAUGGAACCUGAACUCCUCUGACACUGAAUCAAGCUUCCUACCAUCUUCUAGGCAGGGUCAGGCUUUGCUGCAAAGACUGCAGGGGCUGAAGAAGAAGGGAGUCAAUUUGAAGAUAGCUAGUGGAAUGAUCGACUCUGUAGAGCUCAAGAGCCUCUCUCGUCUGAGUGAGGUGCACUACAUUAACAUGACUGCCCUGACCAAAGGCUUCCUGCACUCUUCUUUCUGGGUGGUGGACAGGAAGCACAUCUACAUCGGCAGUGCCACCAUGGACUGGCGAUCACUGUCUACGAUGAAAGAACUGGGGAUCAUCAUCUACAACUGUAGUUGUCUGGCACUGGACCUGCACAGGGUAUUCAACCUCUACUGGCAGCUGCAGUAUAAGGACUUUGUACCGUCCAUCUGGUCCAAGAGGCUGAGUGCCCUGUGGAACAAAGAUGAAAACCUCCCACUUCUCUUCAACAACACCAAGGCUGAGGUCUUUCUCUCUAGCUCUCCAGAUGUCUUCUGCCCUAAAGACAGGACCAGAGACCUCGACGCCAUAUCCUAUGUGAUCCAAAAGGCCAAGAGGUUCAUCUAUAUAUCCAUUACAGACUACCUGCCUCUCACUAACAGGAAUUCUCACAGAUACUGGUCAGGUAUAGAUGGGAUGCUUCGGGAGGCCUUGAUCCUGAGAAACAUCAAAGUGCGUCUGUUAGUAAGCUGCUGGGAGCAGACACACCCCCUGACCUUUAACUUUGUGUGGUCCCUGAAGACCUUGUGUAUGGAGCUCCCUAACUGUUCACUGGAGGCGAAGUUCUUCAGCACCAGGGAGCAGAGAGAUGGCACGCUACAGGGAAUCAACCAUAACAGAUUCAUAGUGACAGACAGUGCUGUGUACAUAGGGAACUUUGACUGGGUGGGGAAUGAGUUUAUGUUCAACGCUGGAGCAGGCAUGGUGAUCAGUCAGACAGAGGGGCUGAAGGAGAGGAACUCAACGUUGGUGGAACAGGUGAGGGCUGCGUUCCAGCGGGACUGGUAUUCACGCCACACCAUGAGCCUGCAGGCUAACAAGAUCCCAGUCUGCAACAAGCACCAGCUCAACCAACUGGCACAUCUCAAAAUCACUCAACCACCAGAGAGCAGUGGGAGUCAGGAGAGUCCCAAUGGCUCCUUCUGAAUCCAAAGACAUGUGGUGUGUUACAAGACUGUUUUAUGCAGGCUUUAAGAGAAAAAUAACUGUUUGAAUGCUGAAAUCGGAUACAAUUUACAAAUUGUUUUUAGGUCAUAUUUGUUUUUCUAUCAAGUCUGCUGUUUAUUUCAUCCUCUAUGACUGUUUCUUACAUAAGACAUGGGCAGGGAACUGAUGAAAUUAAUAUAUUUUCUAUUGAUUGCCAAACCUAAAUAUAGUUAAUUGUUUAAUCCAUUUGACCAAUAAUGUCAUAAUUUAUCACAACCCUUUAAAACCCUCUCUGACCAAAACACAGUUGCAGCAGCAUGGACAGUAGUGUGGAGAUACUGUAUAUCCUAUACAAAUCUAUACUCCAAGGAUGUUUACCUUGUGUCUUCAAUAUUCAAAUCAAAUCAAGUUUAUUUUAUAUAGCCCUUCGUACAUCAGCUAAUAUCUCGAAGUGCUGUACAGAAACCCAGCCUAAAACCCCAAACAGCAAGCAAUGCAGGUGUAGAAGCACGGUGGCUAGGAACAACUCCCUAGAAAGGCCAAAACCUAGGAAGAAACCUAGAGAGGAACCAGGCUAUGAGGGGUGGCCAGUCCGCUUCUGGCUGUGCCGGGUGGAGAUUAUAACAGAACAUGGCCAAGAUGUUCAAAUGUUCAUAAAUGACCAGCAUGGUCAAAUAAUAAUCAGGAGUAAAUGUCAGUUGGCUUUUCAUAGCCGAUCAUUAAGAGUAUCUCUACCGCUCCUGCGGUCUCUAGAGUUGAAAACAGCAGGUCUGGGACAGGUAGCACGUCCGGUGGACAGGUCAGGGUUCCAUAGCCGCAGGCAGAACAGUUGAAACUGGACCAGCAGUUUUAAAGUGCAGAAUUCCUUCAGCCUCGACCAAAUGAACAGGUGCCAUUUGUCAGUUGGACAACAGCUGAUCAAAUGAACCGAAUGGGAAAAUAACAGACUACCAGAAGCAUGUCUUGAUCUCAUCUGACUCAUAAGCUACUGACAUCUUUCGGGUGUUUAUUGUUGCAGAGUACAGACAAUUGUGCUCAAUUGGCAUCAAUAUAUUUUGGUAUUGCAUCUAAAAUCCUGUUUUGGUAUCAACUAGAAUGUAUACUUGAUUAUGUUUAAUAUCACCAUGCCAGGGGUUGAUCUUGGAAUCUUAAUCUUAACUAAAUUUCCAGGAUUAUGAUACAUUAACCAAUUUUAAGAUUAAAAAAAACAUUGCAUAUUUUAUUCUAUUCUGUAUAUUGUCUUUGUUGGAAACACUCAAAAGGGUAGAACUAGAUAUGUAUUCAACUUUAAAUAGAGCUUUAGGCCUCUUGUGUUGUUUUAACAUGAUCAAGAAAUUGAUCUAUUACUGAAUUUUUCAUGAAAUUUAAAUUUCUGGAAAAAGGUGUCUUGCUUCCUUGAUUAUAUUGGAAAGUAUUGAAAACCAUCACUACAGAAACAAAACUUCCCUGGGCUUUACUUAGUUUGUAAAUGGAUAUGCUACCAUACCACUGUCAUAUGCUGUCAUAUGAUAAACAGAGAUGCAGCAACAGAGGUCGAUAGCACACUAACGUUGGAAGGUGCUGAGCUGCCAUUUAAGGUCUAAGGUAUUCGUUUGGUCAAGUUACAAGACUAGACAAUGAUUUUACCUAAUGGAAUAUUGGAAAUUGAUUCCCACGGUCUUCAUGGAUAAUUGGGUUUCUUUCUGGUAUAACUCAGCUGGAAAAAAAGGUGUCUAACCAGUGAUACAACUGUAGCUCUCUUUGGAAGCAGAUGUUGACUUAUUUACCAGAUAUUGAAAAAACAGUUGUUGGAGGGGAUUUCAGUCAGUAAGAUCAAUAGCAUGAAUUUUUAAAGACUGCUAGACACCAUUUCCAGUUUCCCCUAAGGACAUGUUUUGAAAUAAGACAGCAUGCAUUGCUUAACUUAACACUGAGAGAAAAUAACCACAGCAUCUCUUUACAUCACCCGCAUGAUACAAGCUUUGCACCUGAUCAUCAAAGAUGGUCAACUACAGGAGUUGUUAACAUCUUUUUAUGAUUAUGUCACGCCAAUUAAUAAAUUCUGUAUGUAAUAGCCUAUCUGUGGUGGUUUAUGGGCAUUAUACUUAUAUUAAUUGUAAUGUCUUAUAUCUGUAUUUUCAUUGUCUUUUUACAGUAAUAUAAUGGGACAACACUUUCUCUAUGGUUACAGAUGGUUCUCUUUGCACAUAUUCUGUUUUCAUUGGGGUUCUUUUAUAUCUGUACCUAUUUUGAUACAGGAAAAAUAUUAAUAGUAGACUGACAAAAUAACAAUGCACUUCCUGAAAAUAUUUUGUCAGUGUUAACCAGAACAUAAAUGUAGCAUUAACAAACGUCUAUGAUGUACACUGCACUUGUGCCAGACAAUGUUCUUAAAAUAGUUUAAUCUGAGAGUAAAUAUCUGUACAACAAUUUACCCUUUAACUAUGUCCUCUUAUCAAAAAGAGGGAGUCAAAGGCAUCUGGCUGCUUUUGGUGCAACAGUACAGAGUGGGCUAUUUUGAAUAUUGUUUAAAGAGUACCUCAAUAUUGACUCUGUUUAGGGUGCUCUUUGUCACUUUUUAUCACUUAUUGCUGACAAAUCUUCAGUCACUGUAUUACUCUUGAUGUAGCAAUGCUGGGAUUAACAUUUACAUAUUUUGUCAUUUAACAGACGCCCUUAUCCACAGUGACUUACAUUUACUAACCUAUACAUCGAACCCAUUAAGAACAGAUCAGAGCAAACCAAAUUUGGGGCGAGUCCUAGAUACAAUCUAUAAACUGUCCCUGACUAACUGUUGCCACCUAGAGUUAGUUUGAGGAAAGGCUAUUCCUCUUACCUGCAAACAGGCACAAAAGAUGUCUGAAAUAAUCAAUUGUGGAUUAGACAGAUAUCCUACAUUUGAUUAGACUUGUCUCCUGUGUUGUUUUCUCAAGAUGUUACAUUAGAUUGGUAAAUCCACAGUAGGCCAACAUGUCAUAGGCUACUACUGAAUGGUAAAUCUGUUCAUUAAAGGUAUGAUUGUAAUAUUAAAUUAAUAAUUGGAAGGAUACCACUGUGGUCAAGGUGACCACACAGUUCAUUCAAAAGCACAUUGCAUCACAUCACAACAUUGAAGGCGUUAAUUUCACUACCGUCUAUUAAAGUACAAUUACUGCCCUCUGGAGGACAAUAUGUCCCACCAAUUGAUUAUACACUGAGUGUACAAAAUAUUAAGAACUCCUUCCUAAUAUUGACUUGCACACCUCGGCCCCACGAAGCGUUCCGCAGGGAUGCUGGGCCAUUUUGACUCCAAUGCUUCCCACAGUUGUGUCAAGUUGGCUGGAUGUCCUUUGGGUGGUGAACCAUUCUUGAUACACACGGGAAACUGUUGUGCGUGAAAUACCCAGCAGCGUAGCAGUUCUCGACACAAACUGGUGAGCCUGGCACCUACUACCAUACCCCAUUCAAAUGCACUUAAAUAUUUUAUCUUGCCCAUUCAGCCUCUGAAUGGCACACAUACACAAUCCCUGUCUCAAUUGUCUCAAGGUUUAAAAAUCCUUCUUUAACCUGUCUCCUCCCCUUCAUCUACACCGAUUGAAGUGGAUUUAACAAGUGACAUCAAUAAGGGAUCAUAGCUUUCACCUGGAUUAACCUAGUCAGUCUGUCAUGGAAAGAGCGGGUGUUCAUAAUAUUUUGUCCAAUCAGUGUACAUUAUGCUAUUUCUGUUUUGCAUCUAAUUUGCUCAAUUUCGGCAUACUCACUCCUUGUAUGCCCUGCCUUUAUGAACUGUAUAGUACAAUAGACAGAGCAUUCUUUUAAAAUGAUAGAAUUUCAAAAUACAAAAGGAAUGUAUAUUUAUUGUAUAACCUUGUUGAUGCCUGUAUCUAAUUGAUACUUUUAAUUUGUACUCUUAAUAAAAAGUGUUCUGACAUUG